AUGUCUGCUCGCUACCUAUCAAAGAAAAAAUAUCACGAAACUCUAGGCGGAACAAGUCUAGCUCGCAGAUUUGACGUGAGUUAGCCCAACUCUCAAAAAUCCCCCGAAAAGGAAAAAGAUCCAAAUUUCCAGCUUUCAUUCUCCUACGAGCUCUCAAAAUGUCUAGUCUACGGUUGUCUAUUCAAUAUUCUAAUUCAAUCUCUCGUCAUACUUUUCACCUGGCUGAAUUAUCUUCAAAUAUUUUUCGUGAAUCCAUUUCAUCUGGAAUUGACUUCUGGUGUCAUUUUUAAUGUGGAAAUGUCGAUUUUUCCCUAUAUUAUACUUUUGAAUCAUCGGAUUUGGCGGAAGAAUUGUGUAAGGGUUUUGAGAAAGGUGAGAACGACAAAUAUGGGCUUUCAUGGGAUUUGAUAAAGCGCGGCUACUUGAGAGAUAGCCUCUCAAGGCGCUGAUACUUGACAACUAGGGUUUUCAGGCUCGGCUACUUGACAUAGAAUCUCUUAAGGCGCGACUCCUUGUCAGAGUAGAUCUCUAGACCCGGAUCCAAGAAAUAUAGGUUCUCUAGGGGCUGAUCCUUGACAAUUAAAGUUUGUAGGCUCGGCUACUUGACAUAAAAUCUCUUAAGGCGCGACUCCUUGUCAGAGUAGAUCUCUAGACAUGGAGCCAAGAGAUAUAGGUUGUCUAGGCGCUGAUCCUUGACAACUAGGGUUUCUCGGCUCGGCUCCUUGACAUAGAAUCUCUCAAGGCGCGACUCCUUGUCAAAGUAGAUCUCUAGACACGGAGCCAAGAGAUGUAGGUUCUAUAGGCGCUGAUCCUUGCCAACUAGGGUUUCUAGGCUCAGCUCCUUGACAUAGAAUCUCUCAAGGCGCGACUCCUUGUCAGGGUAAAUCUCUAGACGCCGCUCCUACAUAAAUAGGUUCUCAAGAGUCAAAUUUCAGAGAAAAAUUAAAUGUUCUGGGAAAGCUUAGCUCACUUCUGGGAACCUUAGCCUCAGCCUUAACCUAAACCUUAUCCUAAAUUAAAUUUCCAGAACCCCUUCAUCAUGCCAAAAAAAUCCACUCAAGUCAAAUCACUCAACGGCCAAAAUAUGAUGCGAAAACAAUCGCAAAACGACCAUUUCGAUCAGCUCAAAAAUCAGUGGCUCAAAUGA